AUGGAAGAUAUCAGUGCGGAAAAGCUUUUCAGCGGCGGUGCAGUAACAGAUAUUCGAGAGGUUCUGCAUCGCAGAUUGACUCGCUAUCACUCCUACUUUGGCCCCGAAGAACUUCAUGUGGAUGGCUCGACGGAAGAGCUGCAGCUGCAGACCGGCAACGAGUGUUUGAAUAUUCUGGAGCGUCUGCAGACUGCCUGGGAGUCGGAGGUUGUCGCGGGACCAUCUUCCGCACCGGCCAGCCCUAUAAACCCAUCAGCAGGCGUGGUCGGAACACGAGAUUUGGCGCAGAUCCGCACCCUUCUGUCGAUCGUCUUCAAGUGGGCCGUCGAGCCAUUCCUCUCUGGUGUCGCCAAUGCAAUACCCGCCAAAGCAGACCCACACACCCGUGUCCAUGCUGCUCCCAGGAUUAUCGACCUCACCAGCAUCCCUGCGGACUACACCAGCCUGACUACAGCCGUCUCUCGACUGCUUCGCCUGCUGUUUCCUGCCGGCGUGCAGUCAGCACCGUCUCAGACCGCCAUCGCCUCUGCUCUCGCUAACAGGCAUCUUUCGGACUUGUUACGACCGUGUCUAGUCCUGGGAUGGCUUCCAAAGAAUCUUGCGACGGAGUCUGUCCGUCCUGUGGAUGAAUUCCGCCCAUAUGUCAUGCGGAUCCUGGCUAUAUUGCCUGUUUCUCAGACUAUUGCUGCUCUAGGCAUCAUUCUGUCUGAUUCAUCUAUCAGCCUGCCAUACGCGCGCAAGUCAUGCAGCUUCCUCUUGAGUCGUCAAUUGCUUCGCCCAGAGGGCAUUCCGGGCUUGCUCUCCGCUGUGUUUGGGGAGGAAGACAUGUCCGGAGAGGAUGCUCCGCUAGAGAAGCUUGAACAUGUUGGCCGUCUACUCACGACGGUGCCUGCGAGCAUGAAGCCAGAGGACUACUACGCCACGAUCAUUCCCAAGCUGCUCGUUCUAUUGUCGGCUGACGCCAACAGAAUACCACCUGUCCACCGUCGCGCAGUGGCCUUCUCCUUGUCCAGGAUGCUUGCAGACGAGCAGAGGGAUGAGGGCGGUCUGGUCUCUAAAAUCUUACUGUCCAGCCUCCACCGGCCGUUCAUAGUUCUUCCCCGAGAAGACGCUGCAGAUGGAAUAAACACAGAUACAUCUGAUUCAUCCCGCGCUACUGAACACCCCGUCCCAUCUUCCGCUUUGUCUUCUAUACAAACGCUCCUCACCAAUGCAGAUCCGUCUCCAACGUUCAUCACGAAUCUCUUGACGCCGAUUGUGCCACCCCUCUAUGCGAUCCUGUCGCAUCUCGAGGCCAACAAAACAUCGGACCCCGCCUUGAGAGAAUCAGUAAGAGGGUUGCUUUCCACGUGGGGCCGGGUGGUCGGUGCUGCUGAAGGUAUCGCUGCGCUCUGGCUUGUCGUCCAGGGCGAAGGUGGUGACUGGAAAGUCGACGUCGCCGGCCACCUCACGAGACUAAAAAAGUCCGAGAAACAGCCAACACUGUCUCUAUUCACCCCGGAAGACCUCAAGCGUGCAGAGGAGGAAGGCGAGCUCGAUGUCGAUUCGAACCUACUCGACUUACGUCCCGAUCCCAUGCGCUUCGUGCGCUUCCUGAAGUCGAUUGAGCGGUCGGACAUCUCGUCUGAACUGUUCGUUAGACUGCUCGAGGCGUACAAGGAGGUCAAGGCGGAGGCCGACGCGGAUCCGCUCCGGACACUCCUGUAUCUACAGCUGAUUCUGCAGAUGCAGAACCAGCUCGCUGCGGAGGACUCUGCGUCCAACAUCCUCAGCAAGCCUGACCACAUCCUCUCGUUCAUCAAGCAUGCGCUCGAGUCUGCGAGGCCGGCUGCGCCUUCGCAGCAUCAACGACGCGAUUCAAACCCAGUAUCCGGCCUACGGAUGGAAGACCUGCGCAUCGUACAAAAGGAAGAGGAGGAGUUCGAGGAGGGUGACAGUGAUGAUGAGGCGCCUGAUUCUAUCCCAGGUGGUACGACAGACGACGAGAUGGUCGCGACUGCAGUGAACCUCUUCUUGUCUAUCUUGGAAGCACACCCGGAUCUGUCUGCACGCACAGCUCCGAUACUCAACGAGAUAUUCUCGCUUCUCGAGCCCCUAGCAAAGGAGUCGUCGGACACGGUACGGCCUCUUGCGCGGGAAGCCAGGAUGGUCAUGACCGCACGUCUAGCAUCUGCCUCCAUCCCGACCUCCAAGGGCAAGCAGAAGCGCAACAAGGAUGACGAGGAGAGCCCGCAAGAGACGUACCAGAAGGCGCUCAAGCUCUUGCAGGACCCGCUGCUCCCCGUGCGCGCCCACGGCCUGCUGCUCCUCCGGCAGCUCGUCUCCAUGCGCAAGGCAAAUCCCGAGUCGCGGAGCUCCACGCUCGAGGAGCCUGCGAUCGACCGCGCGCUGGUGCCGGGCAUCCUCUCGAUCUUCCUGCAGUCCGUGCAGGACGACGAUUCAUACAUGUUUCUAAACGCGGUGCAGGGGCUCGCGGCGAUGGUGAACGGCUUCGGACGCGACGUGCUGAAGGGCCUGGUGAAUGUGUACGCGGAAGGCUUGGACGGCCUCGGCGGGACGGGCUUGACGCAGCAGGACGUGGACGUCAGGACGCGGGUCGGCGAGGCGCUCGGGCAGGUGAUACGGCGCUGUGGGGACGCGCUGCCGGCGUAUGCAAGCAUGCUAGUUCCGCGGCUGUUUGGUGUCAUGCGGGCGGCGCAUUAUCCAACGACGCUGCGGACCUCGGCCGUGGCGCUGCUGGCGCAGUGCGUGAAGACGAACGAGCUGGCCAUUUUGCCGUAUGCGGCGGACCUGUCGGAAGCUAUGGUCGAUCUGCUGCAGGUGGAGACGGUGCCGGCAGCGCCUGCGGCCAAGAAGGCUUCUGUGGAGGAGGAAGACGAAAUAGAAUGGCUGGAGCCGCCGACGCCUGCUACGAUGGAUGCCCAGCCGACGUCGACGAACUCCAAGUUCCCACCCCUGCGCCGCGCGGCGUUGCAUUUCCUCUCGCUGUUGAUACAGGCAUGCACCGCACGGCUGUACGAGUCGUCCGACGGAACGGACAUGGUGUUUCCGCCACAGCUGGUGAGGCGGACCAAGACGACGCUUGGCUACGUUGCUGCGACGGACGAGGACGCGGUGGUGAGGGUGAUGGCACGCGAGACGUUGGAGGGACUGGACCAAUUAGCAGAAGCAAUGAUGGGGAUAUGAAUUGCAUGCAGACGUUGACGGGCGUGCCUUGGCCAGCUUAGCGAGAUAGCGAGAUAAGUAGUUGUGGCUAUCUACCCGCAUGACGCGCAUGUUGGAGACGAGACAUGCUGCGCAAUGCCUUGCACGACA